AUGAGGAAGGAUAGCACGAAAAUUCCUGGGUUUGCAUGUGAGAGAGAAAGCUUGCUCUCUAAAGCUAAGCUUUCCUCUUCCUUUCGUCUCCUCUUGCUUGACUUACCUCAUGGAGGCAAAAAUCAGUUCUGCCCAAUCCCACAAAAUCAGGGAUUUUUGGGAGCUCGAGGCUUCAACAGCUUCAGAGGAGAGCUUCCAUUUUCACCCAUCUUCUUUCUCUUCUUUCCUCCUCUUUUCACUGCCAAAUCUGAUGAAGGAAAGAAAAUGGGUGCACCUGCUGGUUUAAGGGAUAGCAUCUUCCCCUGCGUGCUAAUACCCCUUGGUUUCUUGAAUGCUUGCACUUGGAACUUGUUCUCCCAGCAGCCCCUCACAUGUGAAUCUUUGGCUUUCUUCGUGGACUUCUGCUUCAGCCAAGUGCUGAAGGCCUUGGACUCCUUUUAUUCAAAUGGAGGUGGAAGGAUUUGGUUUGUGGUUUUGGACAGAGGACCAUUUGAGGUACUAAAAUGA